CGACUGCGGUCUGUCAACAUUGUCGUAAAAAAAAUAUCACGUCAAAAUGGCUGCCAAAAGCGCUGACAGAUUGAAAUUUAGACGCAGAAAAUUGUCCAAAACUUCUGUUGAGGAUAAUGACUGCGCGAGUCUUGCGUGGUUAUUGAAUUUCCGUUUGGAUGAAAUUGUGAACGUAAAAGUGCCUGAUGAUGACGUGCCUUUGAAGGAACCUAAAGCUCCUAUUCCUGACACCCCACCUGCGCCGAGGAAACCACCUUACACUUAUCCUGAAUUGAUUGAACGAGCGUUGAGAGAAAAAGGGGAGUUGACAGUAUCUGCCAUUUAUCAGUGGAUAUCAGAUAGAUUCCCUUUCUAUAAAGCGAACGAUGAACGCUGGAAGAACUCGGUCCGACACAACCUCUCCAUCAACCCACACUUCCGCAAAGGAGCCCGGGCCCCACAAGGCGCGGGGCACCUCUGGUCCUUAGCGGCUAACGCGAUAGAUCUUUUACCGUUAAGGAAUAACCCUGAGGAUAGAAUUGUUGGAGAAACGCUUCAGGAAGCGCAGAUCAUCGAGUGCCCUAAGGUCAUAGUCCUGGACGAGGCUGCUAUUGCGGCGGCGAGUAUUAUUCCUGAUCAAGACAUGUUCACCGGCAAUACAAUGUUCCUAAACCCAGUUUCCACGGAGCAAGUUGUUAGGGAAUGUGGAUUGAUCACCGUCGACUGAAUGCCUGCAUGUGUCAACUUAGGAUUAACGUGUACAUUGAUCAGAGCUAUUGUACAAGUCCAAAAAAUGUUACCGCUCUAUAGUUAGUUAGACUUUGGAGUAGCACUCAGAACUCAGCUUUAAGUUUAUGAAAGCAAAUAGGACUGUGUAACGCUGAAAAAGAAAUAAGCGAAAUGAAUUUGCCAAGACUUCUUUUUCUAAGCUGGAAAAUAUGAAACGUGGAUUAAAGGCGGAAGGUGAUGUGGGCCAUCGAGGUACUUUUUGGGUCUGGUCAGAUCCGCGAAAGAGCACAUCUUUAUCGUAAGCCUAUGUUACAAACGCUUCAUAUUCAUAGCGGCCAACAUUAUUUGACGCUGAACCGACUGGAGACAUUUAUUGGUGCAAUGUCUAUAAAUGUUGUAGAUCUGGGCCCUAAAUAUGCUAAUUUCAAAUUAUUUCAGUUGUAGUGGUCGGAUUUUGUACGUUUGGUAUUCUGCUAAAAUUUAAUCGUAGUGGCUUGACAGUGUAUUCAACUAUACUCCGUCCAACCAUUUAUUUAACUUUUGACAUAUGCAUGCCCACAAAGUUCUUUAAUUAUGAACGUACAACCAUAGACAAAAAAAUGCAAUACUUCCUAGACUCUUUUAUUUUUUAAUUUUAGUGAAGCGACGUGCUCUUUAGCUAUGAUAUUUAUCGAGUCAACUGAUUAUGUAACGAAGAUUAUUUCAAGUUCAUAAAUUUUGGUACCUGUCUAAUAAAUUACAAUGAAAUGAAAUAAAUUAUGAAUAAUUAUUAUAAAUUCUUAUUGUUUAAUAUCGUCGAAUUCUUCUCUC